AUGCUUCCCCAUGCCUACAGAUACACCUACACCCCCAUCCUGGAGAUCCAGCACAUGACCGACACCACGUGGAUCACGUCAGCGCGACGCAACGCCCCCGUGGUGCCCUGGGGCCUGAGGAAGACCCUGAACUGGGUGCAGGAGCACUACAGCGGCAUGCCCGUCUACGUGAUGGCCAACGGCGUCCUAGAAGACCUGGCACGUUUCAAGGACAGUCUGAGAGUCUACUACCUCUACAACUACAUCAACGAAGCCCUGAAAGCCUACACUCUAGAUGGCGUGAACCUGAAGGGCUACUUCGCCUACGCCCUCAACGACCAGCGAGACCCAGGCUUCGGCCUGUACGGCCACGUCCAGGACGAGCCCAUCGUCAAGGCCUCGCUGUCCCACUACCGCAACAUCAUCCAGCACCACGGCUUCCCAGAGGAGGGGGCCCCGGCCCAGCAGUGCCCCAGCCAGCCCCCACCCUGCCUGGGCUGCCAAGUCCUCGCUGUAAAAGAGAGCGGAUUAGACGCGCGCUUUUGGCCAAGUAUGAGAUGUGAUGUUGCAUCCUCUGUGCACGUGAGAGACAUGCCUCAGCGUAGCCAAUAG